AUGGCGCCGCUCUCCCCGUCGCCCCGCCUCGCUGGACGCCCCCGCCGCUUCGACGCCAUGCCCCUACCUCGGGUCGUCGUCCACCCGUCGCCUCGCCGGCGCCGCCCGAACCGCUCCACCAUCGCCAACGCCGCCUCGGCGCCCCCUCUCCCCACCAACGCUGGUGAGGCCCCGGGCCUCUGCCCUUCUCUGCACGCGGCUGCCUACUCCCCCUCCCGCGCGCCCACUGCCGCCCGGCCGCGCCACCAACCCCGCCGUGCGCCACUGGUCCGUCCGCGCCGUCCCGCUCCCCGUGCCCUCACGUCGGCGCUCGUCCGCGGCACUGCUCCGCCCGCGCCACGCAGCGCCCUGCUGCCGUUCGCGCGCGCCCCGCGACCUCCCGUGGCCGCGCCCGUCGCGCCCGCGACCUCCCGUGGCCGCGCACGGAGUUCUGCUCCCCUGCGCCUGCUCCACUUCCUCCGCCGCCCUGCGCCACUCCGGCCGGCCGUGCCUCGCCGGCGCCGGACGCAACCCCCACCCCGUGGCUGGCCUGGGCCAGUGCCCAGUCAGGCUAGCACCCGCGCGCCCGUGCCCGCUGUGGCCAGGGCCACUUACCACUGGGCCAGUGCCCCCUGGCCCUAUGACAUAUGGGGCCCACCCCUAGAACGUAAAAAAAGAGAAUUAAAAAUAAUAUUAAUAAAAUAA